AUGAGGACAGCUUGGCCAGAAAUGGAGCUCAUUGAGCUUUCACCCGUGACUACAGUCACUUUCAGCUAUGACUACUACUACGAUGACAACUGCCAGAAUCAGCACUUGCAACAUACGUCUACUUUCCUCCCUAUCCUGUACACUGCUGUGUUCCUGGUGGGCAUUGCUGGCAACGCCAUCCUGAUAGCAGCCUUGGUCUUCAAGCGACGGAUCCAGAGGGUGAUCGACAUCUUUAUCGUCAACCUCGCUGCAUCCGACUUCAUCUUCCUCAUUACGCUGCCGUUCUGGGUGGACAAGGAGGCAUCGGACGGGAGCUGGAGGGUAGGAUCUUUUCUCUGUAAAGCUAGUUCCUAUGUCAUCUCGGUCAACAUGCACAGCAGCACCCUCCUCCUGACUUGUAUGAGUGCUGACCGAUACCUUGCUAUCAUGUAUCCCACUAUCGCUAGAAGGGUCAGAACAAGAUCCUAUUCCAGUGGACUCUGCAUCUGUGUCUGGUUAUUAUCCUGUGGCUUAGGGAUGCCAACCCUUUUGUCCAGAGAACUGAAGAAGCAAUAUGGAAAGACUUACUGCACAGACAAAGCCGUGACAGAAGGCAAACAGAUCAUGUCACUGAUGCUUUUAAUCCUGGCCUUCUUCUUCCCACUGUUCAGUAUCUUAACCUUUUACUGCUCCAUCACCAAGAGACUCUGUGUGCAUUACCAGAGAGCUGGGAAACAUGAUAAGAAACUGAGAAAAUCCAUCAAGAUCGUCUUCAUUGUAGUGGCAGCUUUUGUUGUCUCCUGGCUUCCCUUCAAUUUUUUCAAGCUUAUGGCCAUCCUUCUGGGACUCCUGAAGCAGCCCGACUGUUUUCCCAACACGGUUGCCCAGCUGGGCAUGAAGGUGAGCAGCCCUUUAGCUUUUGCCAACAGCUGCGCCAACCCUUUCAUUUACUAUUGCUUUGACAACUACAUCCGCAGAGCCAUGCUCCGGUGCCUGUGCCCAUGGGUGAAAAGCAGCAGCAGUGGCAACAGCUCUGAUACUCUGGACACUCGCCUGAGCUACUCCUUAUCCAAUUUUCUUGCGGGGGAGCAUGUUGCGAGGAAGAGGAAGCGCUCUGUGUCCCUUUGA